AUGGGGGGCAGGGUGCAGGGCGUGGUGUUCACAGCAGCCAUGAGAGUGGAGGAGUGUUCCAGGGCUGUGACCUGCCUCGGGGGGCCGCACUCACCUCCUAGGUGGCUGAGGGCAGGGAGAGCUGCAGGCUGGGCCAGGCCUGUCUCAGAAGGCACAGCUGGUCCCUCCAGCUCAAAGACAGGUGGGGGCCCCAGACCCAGAGUUCCAAGCCACGGAGCAUGGUGGCCCCAGCUCCCUGUGGUCCUCUCCCCCAGGCAGACGCCCUGCUGCCUUUCUUUCGUCUCCCAGGGAGCCCUGGACCAGCCUGCAUCCCCCACCCUGGGAACUGGAAACCCUCCCCAGCUGAGAGCAGCUCCCCCAGCCACAUGCAGACUGUGGAGAACUUCAUCCAGCUUCCUCAUUCACUCACUCGACAGAUAUUCGUCUAUUGCCCGCCAGGCCAGCGCUGUUCUCUGCUCUGGGGGCACAGCAGGAAACAAAGCAGCCUCCCUGGCGCUGCCACGCCCUGGGCAAUGCUCCCCAAGUGCCAGUGGCUGCAGCUCCCACCAUCAUACAUGGGUGCAGCGGGGCCCCGGCUUCCCACAGAAGCUCCCGUCCCACCAGGCUCCCCCGGGGCCAGGCAGGGCCCUCCUGAGGCUGACGUCCACCCCUUCUCACUCCGUCCUCUCUUUCCACAGUGGGGACUGGCUCUUGAGCUUUGUGUACCGCACGUCCUCCGUGAAGCUCCGAGUGGCCGGCCUACAGCCCGUGCUGCUGCAGGACAAGAGGGUGGAGAACGUGGACCUGUCCUCCGUGGUCAGCGGCCACUUGGACUACGCCAGGCAGAUGGACGUCAUCCUGAAGGCCGUGGGCAUCCACACCAAGCCGAGCUGGGACGAGAAGGGGCUCUUGCUGGCCCCAGGCAGCCCGCCCCAAGAGGAGCCUCGCCAGGCAGCAGCCCCCUCCUCAUCAGAUAAGACCACCAACCAGGACGGGCAAACCCAAGGUCCCACAUCCCCUUUGGGAGACACCCCCAAAGCAGCCACAUCUCUUGACCCCAGCCAAGCCCAAGUGCCAGUGGGACUGGACCAGUCUGAAGGGGCCUCUCUUCCUGCUGCUGCCAGCCUUGCUGAGAGCCCCCCUGUCUGCAGCCAUGGCAUGGGCCCCAACCCACUGGGCUGCCCCGACUGUGCCAGCGAGACACAGGGGUCCUGCCCAGAGCUGGACUGACCCCGGAAGAGUCAUUCUCCCAGAUUUCUAUAUGCAGUGCUCUCUUACCCCACUCCACCGGGUCCCUCACAUGAGCUCUGGAGAUGCAGAAUUUCUACCACUGUCUUUCCUAAAUUGAAGACAUUAGUACUGGAAGGAGGGGGAUUGUAAGAAGACACCGUCCCCUCCCCAAGGAAGCAAGGCUAGAGCUCUGCAGAGUCAACCAAGCACAGUAUAGAGCCCCAGGACUCGACCAGCCGUGGGCCCCCUGGGCUUCGGGUCAGAGCUGUAGGGUCUGGUUGCCCGUCAGGUGACUCGGGAGCUCUGUGGAGCCUCAGGCUCCCACCCAGCCACACUCCCCAGCCUCAAAAGCCUGGUGUCUGCCAACCCAUUCUCCAGGGCUGCCUGCCAGCCCACAGGCACCACUGCCACACCUACAGAGCAGGUACAAGUGGGGCAGGCAGCUUAUUCUCUCUGCUCUUGGGAGAUCCGAUGAGAUCUGCCACAGGCAGCUGUACAGGCUGUGCACCGCACAACUACAGGGGAAGCAUCGGAAAGACGUGAUGUGAAGGGCGCCCCCCAAAGUUAUGCCACGCAGUGGCCCUGGAUAUCAUUGUUACAGAACAAUUACAGAACGUGGUGAAAAAAUGUUACAGAACGUGGUGAAAAAAUGCUGGAUCCGCAGGCAGUGUGGACUGGGACUGGGCCUGUGACGAGAAUGAAUUAGAUGGGGAAAGGAUUUCCUUUAGCAGAAACAGAGGUGUGAUGAUUCUAAUAAUAAAUAAUAAUAACAGCUACCAUUUAUUAGGUAU